AUGCAUGCGGCCACAGAACACUGCGACAGCAGUCGGGUGGCUCUCCACAUAGCCAUGUUCCCUUGGCUUCCUUUUGGCCACAUUAAUCCCUUCAUCCAACUCUCCAAUCAAUUGGCAUUCCAUGGCUUCACUGUCUCCUUCCUAGCCACCCGUGACAACAUCCCCAAGAUCAAGCCAUUUCUCCGGUUUCCCGGUCGAAUCCAGUUAGUCCCCCUCGAUCUACCACCACCACCACCACCGACGACUCAGAUCCCAACCCGUAUUGACUCGGACUUCAACCCAGACUCGCCAGUCUUCAAGCUCACUCAACUCCUCAUGGCCACCGACUCGCUCCAAGACCAGGUAGAAGCUGCUCUGAGUCAACUCAAUCCGGACAUCGUCGUCUACGAGUUCGCCCACUACAUCCCUUCCAUGGCGCAUGCCCUCGGCAUAAAGGCAGUUUUCUAUUGUGUCACGAGCGCCACCGCCGUCGCCUACCACCUUGUUCCCGCAUGCUCUAACCAAAAAGAUCUCACUCAGCCACCGCCCGGGUUCCCACCUACUGGCGUAGCCCUUCAAGCCCACGAGGCCCGACAGCUUCUUUUCGCUUUCAUGGCACCGGAUGGAUUAUUAUCACUCCACCAGCGAGUAGUCAUGGCCAUGAAGGAUGCGGACAUGAUCGUUCUCAAGACAUGUGCGGAGAUGGAAAGCAAAUAUUGUGAUUACAUAUCGGAGCAAUACAAGAAACCAGUAGUGAUGGCCGGUCCAAGUUUGAACGAACCACAAACUGAUCCGCUGGAUGAGCGUUGGGCCGGAUGGUUAGACCGGUUUUCGGUUGGUUCGGUGCUUUUUUGCUCUUUUGGUAGCGAUGGUAUACUGAGCAAAGAGGAGCUGAGGGAGCUACUUCUUGGGUUGGAGGAGUCAGGUGUGCCGUUCAUGGCGGUUCUUAAGUACCCGAACGGUAUGACGGAGAGCGAAGCAUUGCCGGAGGGGUUGGUAGAGAGGGUGAAACAGCGAGGGUUGAUCCACAGCGGAUGGGUUCAGCAGCAGUUGAUACUAGAGCACAAGGCCGUGGGAGGGUACCUGUGCCAUGCGGGCUUCGGAUCGCUGGCGGAGGCGGUGGCGAGUGGGUGUCAGUUAGUGCUGUUACCACAAAAGGGAGACCAGUUCUUGAAUGCAAGGCUGAUGAGUAAAGACCUUAAGGUUGGGGUGGAGGUGGAAAGGAGAGACGAGGAUGGUUGGUUCACUAAGGAGAGUGUAAGAGAGGCCGUGAGGACGGUAAUGGUGGACAAAGAAGGCCCGGUUGGGAAAGAAGUAAGGGCCAAUCACUGCCGAUUGAAGGAGCUUCUCUUGAACAAGGAACUGAAUAACAGUUAUGUAGACCAACUGCUGCAGAAGAUGGAGAAUUUGGUGGUAAUUAACGAAUUUAAGAAAGCUUAA